GUAUGGAAAAUCUUCAAAACAACGAAAUAACUGGAUUAUUUUGCGAGUGUAUCUCUCUACUCAUUAAGCAACACGAACCGUCUCGUACUGUUUUCAACUUGAUAAGACAACAGUUUCUUACUUUUGUGAAAUAUUUAAACGAGAUAUGAAAAGGAGAGGGUUUGUUAGCUCAAACAGGAAGUUCAUUCGAUGAUUUACAUUUAAGCCGAAUAUUUGAAAAUUCACCCGGUCGAUACAAAUUUUAUCCUCCUAUUGACUUUGACUUCAUGAUGACUUAUGUGAACUAUGUUAUACAAGAUGAAACAGACAAACCAAAUAAUGAAAAUGACCUCAAUGACCUUCGAAAGUCAGUGCAAACCUUCGGAAUCAUGAUAGCUGCUACCAAUCCAGGCUAUGUAAAAUUAUUAAUAACAAAUUUUGGACGAGCAAUACUGGAAAGCAAACGGGAAAAGUGUGACUUUAACCAACAUAUAACAGUGAUGGAUUUCUUCCAAACAAUAUAUUUAGAAUGAAAAUAAUCCCUGAACAAAUGGAAGAUGAAGAAAUUCUGUAUAAGAGACAGAAGUCCACGUAUACAGUUUCUGGUCCUGCAUUAUCGAACUUCGAGCAUGAACCUGAAGGUUAUUCAUAUGACUUUGUCCAUGCGUUUCCAUGUAUGUCUUGGCCAAGUAUUGCACUAAAUUGGACAAAAAGACACAAGCCAGGUGGAUGGCCGAAUGAGGAACUCGUUGAAGAAAUUGUCCAAGAUGGAUGUGCAGUUGUGCCAGUUGGACACCAUCUUAGUGAGGAAGCCAACCUAGAGUGGAGAGUGUCCUUUAACUCGGCAGAGAGAAAACUGUCUGCUUCUCUUCUACACUAUCAGAAAUCGUGUUAUUCGGUUCUAAAACUUCUUUUAAAAGCGGGAUUAUCUACGAAAAGUAUUUUGACAUCUUACCACGUAAAGAAUAUGAUGUUUUGGUUUUGUGAACAAAUGUAUGGACCUGCUGAUUGGUCCGAAAAAUCGAUUGGUAAAAAAAUGGUCGAACUUUUAGACUAUAUUAUUAAGGCUCUUGAACACCACAGUAUACCAAAUUACUUUGUACCUCCUAACAAUCUUAUUUCACACAGAGAAAAGGGUGAUAUAGACGCCACUAAGAAAGAAAUCUCAAUCAUUAAGGAAAAUGUGUUUCAGUCGAUAAGUCUGGUAUGCUGUAAGCUUAAACUCUUUGAAGAAAUUAGUGGAAUGUCGAAUAAAACUGAACUAUACCAGAUGUUAACAAUCUAUACUGCUUUUGUACAAACUCUCUACAAAGUUGGGAUUUUAAAUUUAUCAACAGCUAUAGACACCGAAUGUUUUCAAAAAAUUGUUGCAUUAAACAAAUGCAUGAAGCCCUACAUCAAGACUGCAUCAGCGGCCUUUUCUGCCGUCAGUAUACCAGAACUAUUAAAACCACUAGCCACAACCCACAUGAAGACGGGAGAUGUAGAGAAAACUCUUCGCCUGAACCAAAUAAUGAUUGAAAAUGAUUUCCAACUUGUCAAAGAUUGUUAUCCCGAGGUUUUUACAAACAUCGCGUGUUUAUUCGGUUAUAAUAUCAAACAAGUACGGAGACGGAAUCAAAGAAACGAUAUUUUAAUGAGGCAUUGAUAAAUUUUAAAAUUGCUAAUAGUUUGAUAACAAACUCGCCUAGUUUGCAUUUUGCUUAUGGAAAUUUUCUGUUUAUGUCGAAGUCCUCAUUAGAUGAAGUAAUAUCACAUCUGGAGAAAGCCACUAUUAUUUCACAACCUCGUCCGGAUGACGAAGUGUUGAUGCAAAUUGACAUCUUUGAAAGUAGAACUGAAAGUAAAAGUCAAAACAUGUAUGUAGACGGACGAGUAGCUGCUCUUUAUUUACUUACGAGUAUUUACAUUGAUACGUGUGACAUUUACAAGGCAAGAAAGUGUACACAGAGAAUACAAAAAUAUGUAGACACAACUAUUCUUACUCAAAAAUGGUCAGCACAUCAAAUACUUGCAGUUUCACUCAGAAAAAGUGGUCUUCAUGAAAAGGCAGAAAUUACGUUAUCAGACUCCAAGAAAUUCAUUCCUUUCAAGACUUAACUUACUGAAUUGCUCAAUUGAAGAAAAUAAUAAAUUGUGAAAUUAUUUGAUGUACAUGUAACAAUAAUAACUGAUCAUCAUUUACCA